UUUGUAGUUUUGUUGCAUUGUGAAAGAAAAAAAUCAUAAUCAAACUUAUGAAAGAAUAAGUAUCAAACUUAUAUUAAAAGAAGAAACUUAAAUUCUUUCAAGAAUUUAUAUAUAAUAGAUGUGUAUAUAUAUGUAUUUUUUGUAUAUAGGUGUGCACGCGUUUGAGAAAAUACGCAUCAAAAGACAAAGUUUUUUUUAUCAUAGUUCAUUCGUGUGUAUGUGUGCAGCGUCUGUGUGUAAGAAAAUGAAAGAAUUUGUUGUUUACAUUGACAUUGAAAGCGAGUAUUUUCCAAGAAAUUAUAUAAGUCAGUGCGACAAUAUUUCUUCUAUAUAGAUCAGAAAUGUAUCAAGAUCCUAGAUGCACAAAAUAUAGAAAACCUCGUUCAUUCCAUGGAACGGCAUUUGGUAAAUACAUUAACGUAGCAAUUGGUAUUUCGUGUGCAAUUGUUUACACAUUUUCAUAUGGUUUGUCUUGUAUCCAAGUUGUACGAGAAAAUGUAGAGAAAUUCAGAUAUGACACAAAUGUAAAUAUCAUCGGCAGUGACAUGAUAGAAUGGAAUUUGGAACAAAAAUUAUUGGAAAGAUUAAGAAUUAAAGAAGAAAUAGAAAAAGCUAAAUAUAUAUAAUAAUUGAAUCUUUUGGAAAGAAGUAUAAUAUGGACAUGGAAAAAUGUAAUAAAAAUGUACAAAAAAUCGAUAGUGAAGUUGGUACAUCUCUAUCAUUGGAUUCAGAUGCAAGUAUAGCAGAUUUUAAAUCUCCAAAAAUAAAACCAAUUGAAAAAUUAAAACUAUUUAACUUCAAAUUAACGAAAAAGAAAGAAACAAGCAUAAAAACUGAGUUAAGUAAAGGCUUAAAUAAGAAAGCAAGUAAUCAGUCAAAAAAAAAUAUUUCUGAUGUUCAUACACGAACAGAAUCAAAUAUAUGCGAGGAUAAAAGUAAAUCUGUAAAACAUUCAAAUGACACAAAGGUAGCAUAUGUAUGUCCAUUAUGUUUUAAGAAUUUUAAAGAUACGAAUAGUAGGAUACUUCAUAUGAAAAAUUGUGCUGCAAAAAAUAAUGUUUCUAUGGAAAAACUAUUACAAGCUAUGGAGUUACAAGAACGUCAAUCUGCAGAAAGAGUUUCUCUUGGAUUACUUGCUGCACCUGUGUUACAGAAUAAAAAGCAAACUACUAUAAAUAAAAUGUUUCUCGCAAAGGAUCAUCAACUGCAACUUGCUCUUGCACUUUCUAAAUCCCUCUAUGAAGCUGAAGAAGUGGGGAAUUACAAUGAAAUAGAAGAUUUAGCAGAUAUAUGUACUACAAAGGAUUCUACUAAGGAACUUAUGGACAAAAAUUUAAUGGGAAACAUUACCACUCGAUUUCAAAAGAAAAAAAAGCAAACUUUUAUAACAGUAUUACAAACUCGUUCAAAAGAAGAAAGAGACCGUUUAAUAACUGAAAAAAUAGCUGAAAUUUUAAUAGAUAGUGAAACACUGCAUCAGAGCCAACAACAAAUGCAAAGUAAAUUUGAAAAUAUAAAAAGGAAUAAUUUGAGAAGUCAUAUCCUUAAAAAAUAUCUAAAUUUUGAUAAUAAAUUAUGGAAUUCAGCAAUGUUACAGCUAAGUCAAAAAGAUUUUUAUGUCAUAAAUCUAUCACCAUAUAUAAUCCCAAGUACAAAACAAACGUUUAUGGAAAGUGAAAGUGAAUCAAAUAUGUCAAAUAAGUCUGAACAAAAAGUUUCAUCGCCAACAAAAUCUAAUUUACAUUCGAAUAAAAAAGAAAGUUCAAAUAUAUCACACAAAGUGGACAUAAACUUAUUUCCAAAUACAGAAAAAGAGAAUAUUAACAUACAGUCAUCUAUUAAUACUCUAAUACUUGAUUGGGGAAAUGCAUUAAACAAUAGUUCAUCAAGUGAUAUAAUAAUAUUUGUUAAUGGUAGUAAACAUAUUUGGGUACACAAAUUGGUUUUUUAUAUACGCUGUUCUAACAUUUUACUUGAUAUAAUUCCAUAUAAUGAUACAACUUAUUUAGUUAAAGAAAUGAUCUGCUGGACCGAUGUAGAGUACCAUAUUGCUUUAGCAUUUCUAGAAUUUAUUUAUUGUGGUAUUAUUAAAAAGCAUGCAAUUUCUUUUAAUGACAAUAUUGCAAUAUCUUCACUGGGCCGCUUGGCAAGAAGAUAUAAAGUAAAAGAAUUAUUCACUUAUUUGCGUCUUGAAUAUGCUGCUUUCCAUGAUAGAACUUCAAAAAAUGAUAAGUUCGAACUAUAUAAACAAGAUAUACAAGAAGAUUGUAAUAGCAAUGAUAAGCAAAAUGAAUUUGUAGAAUAUAAUACACUAACUCCAAAAAAAGAUAUUAAUAGUGUUAAUUGUAGUAAUCAAAGUAUACCUGAUAUUUCCAUAAUGGAAAUCUCGCCUGAUAAACUCUUAAGAACAAGUAUAUCUCCAGAAAAAUGUGUGACACUUAUGGAUAGAAAAAACAGUAUAUCUCCAGAUAUAUUCAAUGAUACAAAUGAUGUUAUAUUAAAUCGUACAAAUAUGGAAAUAUUAUUGAGUCCAAUUCAAUGCAGUUCAAAAAAUACUACAAAUCAAAUUUUAUUUUCCUCAUCAAUAAACAAAAGUAGAUCUUCUACUGAUGAAUGUGUACUUAAUCAGUCACCAGUGGCAUCUCCAAAAAGUAAUCCAACUAUAAUGGAGGAUAAAAUAAAAUCAAAAAGUAAUCUUACAUUAUUUAUUGAAGAAGUUCAGAGAGAAAAUGCCAAAUCAGAUUUUGCUUCAGAUUCUGAAAUAGACUGUCCAAUCAAAUCGUUUAUUCAGUAUAAUAAAAAUCCAUUUAGAAAGAAGAAUUAUGAUGAAUCUAAUGUUCUUGAUAAACUCCAUAAUUCUAAACUUUCUCCAGAUCAAACAGAAAAGAAAGAAAAUGGUUUGAGUAAGCUUGAAAAGGAUAUGCAGAUUCAUGCUGAUGAUAAUCCACAGUUAUACAAUAUAACAGUAGAUAAAAAUCUUACUACAUCUACUGAACAUAAUAAUACAGAUUUAUUCCCAUCAAUAAAAGAAAUUGAAACUAAUAUGUAUAGUGACAAAAAUUUCUCAGAGAAAACAAUUCCAAAUUCACAGAUCAAUAAUGCAUCUGUAACUAUAUCAUUGUCUUCUAAUAGUGAAAUGGAUACAGAUGAUCUAGAUAUGUAUACAAAAAAUAAAAGAAAAUAUAUUGAUAAAAGUAUAGCUGUAUAUCAAUCUGCUUCGAAAAAAUAUAAAAAUACUAUGACUGAAAUUAAAAAUGAUGAAGUAGAAAAUAAUAAAGCCAUUGCAUCAAAUUCAGAAAAAAUUGAUGAAGAUGACAUUUAUGAUACUUUGUUAAAUAAUAGUUUUGAACAUAAAGACAAUUUUAAAGAACAAGAUAUAGAUAAUUGUAAUAAUGAUAGUUCAAAAACUCAAAUUACUAAUAAUGAAAGCUUUUAUAAUGAUUACUCCAAUAUUUUUAACUUAGUUUCUCCUGAAAUAUCUGAUAUCGAAAACCAAAAUGACAGUCCUUUUAAAUUAUCAACCAAUCCGGAUUCUAUUGUAAUAUCCUCUAGUCCAGAUAUAGAUCUAAACAGUCAAGAUAUUAACAACUUCAAUAAAAAUGAUAGCCUUGGUGUUCUAAGUUCUAAAAUACAAGAAUCUGAUGAUGAAUUGCACCAUACUUUUCCGAAUGAUAUACAUUUUUCAAAUAUUAAUAUCGAUAACAGAAUUGAACAUAUUACUUUGAAUAAUAAAACAUUGCAAAUUUGUUCAAAAAACAAAAAAUCACGAAAAAGAUGUAAAUCUGAAGGGAAUUUACAAAUUAAUUACACAGCUGAAGAAAAUGAUAAACUUGAUAAAUUCAAUAAUAUGAACAGUCUUCAAUGCAAUAAAGAAGAUAACAAGUUGAUUAUAAAGAAUAAAUUAUUUACUAUAACUGAAAAUAAUGAUAUUUCAUUACCAAAUUAUGAUAUUAUGGAUACUGCUGAGCUUCAUAGGGAAAUGCAGAAAUAUGGAUUAAAGAUACAAAAUCGUAAUAAAAAUAUUAAAUUAUUAACAUAUAUUUAUAAAGAAUUACAUCCUACUAUCGAUUUAUGUGAAACAAUAGAUACAAGCGGUAAAAAUAUGUAUAAUGAAUACGAAGAGCCACAAAAAAAAAGAUUAAAGGUAGAUAUUAAUUUAUCGGAUAAAUACAGUAACAUUGAACGUGAAUGUAAUGUAUCUUCCUUCAAAAAUUGGAAUUCAAAUGAUUAUUCCAAGAGAAUGGAAACUAAAACAGAAUAUAUGAACAAUGUUGAAAACUUAAUCGUAUUAAGUGAUUGUGAUAGUAUAAAAGAAGCAUUUUCGAAGUUAAUAGAAUUUAAUAAAGAUUUACAUAAUAAAAUUUUGCAAUAUGAACCAUUGAAUAUAGAAUUGUUGCAUCACAUGUUAAAAACAAAUGGUUUCAAGUGUAAAAUUAAUGCUCUCAUUGAUUUUUUGGAUGAACAGGUAUUUUUUUCUUCAUUAUUUUUGUAUAAUAUACUUUUCUUUACAGAUAUUUAUAAUAAUUUUUUUUAUAAGUUCCAAUAAUAGUUCUUAUAACAACUAAAUAAUAAUUAAUAAUUUGUUUUAGUGCAUUACGUUUUAUUUGCCAGAGAAUAAAACAAAAAUCAAAAAUAGAAAAUAAGAAAUAAAAUGAAUUUUAAUAAAAUUAGAGUAUAUAUGAAUAUUUGUAAUUAUUAUGCUUUUUGUAUAAGUGUAGAUACAUAUACAUAUAGAUACAAUGAAUAACGGCACAUUUUUAAUGGAAUUAUAUUUGGUAUAAGAAAGAAUUAUGGUAAAUAAACAAAUCACAUAAUAUUCA